AUGGUGAACGGUCCAGCAACAAUAAUAGGCAAGGGAAUGGGAAAAAGGGAAAGUUCACUGGCAAGACCGAACAAGCUCCCCAGGAGAAUUCUGCCAAGUGUUUAUAUGGCUACUCAGUCAUUAGUCGCGUACAAGAAGCCCGCACCCAUGAAAAAAGAUGUCAGCAAGAGAGAUAUGACCAAGUUUUGUCAAUUUCAUGGGGAUUACGGUCACGACACCAAUGAAUGCAACAAUAUGAAGUGGGAAAUUGAAUUCCUGAUAAGGAAAAAUAAUCUGCACGUACUGAAGUAUGUCAACACCGAUCAAAAUCAACGGGGCGAUAACAACCAAGACUUGCUACCACCACUAGUAAAUGGACAUUUGCAAGUCAUUAUUGGAGGCCCGCACAUAACUCGAGAUUCAGGCAAAGCCAGGGAGAGGUAUGCCCGUACAGUACAACAUGAGCAAGAAGAAGUAGUCCUAGCCGUAGAAGAGAGGAAGCUGAAGAUCCCACGGGCAGGGGAACCCACCAUAACAUUUAAUGAUGAAGAUGCUGUCAAGAUCAGACUUUUGCACAACGACCCGUUGGUUGUGGAAGUCCAAAUAGGCAACAAGAUGGUGGCCAGAACCAUGAUAGAUAAUGGAGCCUCUUCCAACAUCUUAUUCAAGACCACAUUUGAAAAGAUGGGGCUCCAACUCAAAGAUCUAACCCCCUGUCUUCUGUUGGGUUUUGUGCCCUAA